UCACCGGUCUAUUCUAAUUCAUGUCUUAACCAUAAUCGAUCCAGCCUCCGAAUCUUGAAUUUUAAAAUUUCCGACCUUCGGUCUUGUCCGGUUUGGUCCAAUCUUGGACCGGUGAAACAGCCCUAAUUCCUCCUCCUAUGUUUACUUUACAGUACUUCCCCCAACCUCCUUGAGCCUUUUCACGUUCACGCUGGGUUGCUGCAAGCCUCCCUCUCUCUCUCCUCCAUUGAAGCGGCUUCUAAGCUUUCUCUCCUCCAUUGAAGCAGCUUCUCUUCUUAGUUUCAGCAGGAAGAGAGAUGGGUCCAGCUCCAUUUACUGAUAUUGGCAAGAAAGCCAGAGAUGUCUUAACCAAAGAUUACAACUUCGAUCACAAGUUCACCUUGUCAGUGCCCAGUAUCACUGGAAUGGGAUUGACAGCCACAGGUGUCAAGAAGGACCAAAUCUUUAUUGGUGAUAUAAGUACACAGUAUAGGAGUGGAAACAUUACAGUUGAUGUGAAAGUUGAUACUUAUUCUUAUGUUGCCACAAAAAUAACUUAUGAUGAAGCUUUACCAGGCAUUAAAACAGCUCUCAGCUUUAACAUUCCUGAUCAGAAAUCUGGCAAGUUAGAUGUGCACUACCGGAAUUAUCAUGCUGCAGUUAACUCUAGUGUUAGCUUGAAUCCUUCCCCUACAAUGGACAUCAAUGCUGCCAUCGGCAAUGAGGACACCAGCUUGGGUGGGGAAAUGGCAUUUGAUACUGCAUCCGGUUCAUUCACCAAAUACAAUGCUGGGAUUACCCUCAAUAGACCAGAUUUUUCUGCAGCCCUUUUACUGAUGGAUAAAGGACAGACUCUUAAGGCUUCGUAUUAUCACACUGUGAAUCCUUCAACAGCUGUUGCAGCCGAAAUGAUUCAUAGAUUUUCUAGUUACGAGAACGGGUUUACAAUUGGUAGCUCACAUGUAGUUGAUCCUACUACAUUGCUGAAAACUCGUUUCUCUGACAACGGAAGGGUCGGAAUGUUGUGUCAGCAUGAAUGGAGGCCAAAGUCCCUGGUAACUUUUUCAGCUGAGUAUGACACAAAGGCUCAUUCAGCCGCUAAAUUUGGCGUUGCCUUGGCUCUGAAACCUUGAGAUCCUACCAUUGUGCAACUUUUGGUAAUACUCUGCAUCAAUAUUUUCAGAUUAUACAAUUUUUUUGACCCCAAAUGGGUGUUGUUUACCCAAAUGUCAAAAACUAGACUGAAAUGUAUUCAUGAGUAGAACAUUCUAGAGCAUUGAUGGGUUUUAGACCCAGUUUUGAAUAGUUUGAAGAUGCGCUACAAAAGUUCAGCAUCGCGUAGCUUUCUUUUACCAUAGAUUUUCUGCUGAUUGAUAAUGAAUCUCGUCUUGAGAGAGAUUUUCUGUUAUUCUUCUUUUGAAACCGUAUAUCAUGUUCAAAAAUUUUACAAUAAUUUCUGUAAUACUCGAAAAUAAAUGUAGCUCUGCAUUUACAGUUUAAUUAUGCA